AUGGCAACCCAGCCGGCUGAGGCCGCGGACAACCAACCACGAACAAUCACAUUGCUUCGCCACGGCCAUGCCUGGAACAACAUGCUGUCAGGUUUUCCAUGCCGUGAUCCCAUCCUGACCGAGCGAGGACGGCGCCAGGCCUCAGCAGUCCAGCUCUCCCAGCCACCUGACCUCAUCGUCGUCUCGCCUUUGACGCGCACCCUCGAGACAGCCAUCAUCGCGUUCGGCCCCCUUAUCCGCGGCGCCGGCGGGCCCAACGCAUCUGUCCCCGUCCAGGUGUGGCCGUCACUGCGCGAAUGUGGCGACAGGCCCUUCAACCACUGUCGAACCCGGUCGCAGCUUGAGAGGCGGUAUCCCUUCCUGGACUUUGCAGAGUGCAGCCGGUCCGGCGUCUACGACAACAGCAGCGAGCGGAGGGGCCACCGGCGGGCCCGCCGCGUGCGCAGGCGUCUCAUGGAGCUGUCGCAGACGUACAACCACAUCGUCGUGGUCAGUCACCAGGGUUUUAUCCACAGGCUGAACGGGGGCUCCGGAAGGUACCGCAACUGCGAGUGCUGGACCUACAGGGUUGGCGUCGACUUCAGCAUCACGGGAGACGGAGACCUCGCUGCCCCCUCGGGAUCCAAUGGACCGACGCAGGUGGCGGUGGGUGAGGAGAGCGAGGUCAAUGAGGCGGACUGA